AUGUAUUUCUCCACCAUCACCACCAUCACCACCAUCGCCGCUCUCAUCGCCGCUUUAGCCGGUCAGCACGUCCAAGCUGCGCCAUCGCCCAUGCCAGAUAUUCAAGCCAGAGCCCUGUACGAAGCUUUGGGCAAGCCGUACUUCGCACCGGCUCCAGCAUUGGCCAAGCGAGCCUGCAACUGCAAAGAAUGCGUUAGCUGCUCCGACAACUGCUCAGCUUUCGGCGGUACAGCCGGCUCCGCGAUUGCCCAGGGCUUGUGCGUGCUAUCAUGCGCAGGCGCUGCGCACUGCAGCGACUCGGAAACGUCGCACUGCCCUCGGGACUGA